GAGCGACGGCGAAUGACGCUAACAACGCCGUCCGGUGAAGAUAACGGGAGGGCUGCUGCGUUUCAAAAUAAGAACCAAAUUCAAACUGCCGAGUACAGCCCCGUGGUGCAUUUAUUCGCUGAGCGGUGUUGAUGAUGCUAGACGAUUCGGUGCGGCAUCGGUAAGCUGAGUGUGUGACAUUUAUUAUUGAGUGUGUACCAUUGCCAUCUACAACUGCUGGGGGAGGCUUGCAGGCGCCUGAACCAACAUGUUUAUCAACAGAGCGGACCGGACGAGCUGGCUGUGACGCGCUACCCCGCCCUUCUUCCCCCUGCCCUAGCAAAUGAAUGAACAAGCGAUGGAAAAACAGUACCACGAGGUAGCGGCCCGUGCGGUGUUGGGCUACCUCUACGACCACGACAUGUACAUGCUGGCGGAGCAGUUCUGCAUGGACUGUCCGUACCUGCGGGCGGACCAGGGCUCCUUCGAGCUGGGCCGCAUCCCGGUGAACGUGCUGCAGAAGCCCCUGCAGCAAGUGAUGAAGGAAUUUAUCGCGAUGCAAUCGCAACUCCUGCAGCUGGUUAAUCUGUGCAGCACCGUCGUUGCCUUUCCGCACACCGACUCCACGAUGGUGCUGGUGGACCAUCUGAUCAAUGUGCUGAAAUCGUCCGGCACGGGCCCGGUGCUCGAUGCGGUCAUUACCACCCUGCCGGCCUACAGUGCCGCCUGGGCCGACAGUCAGUCACCGCCACCGUCGCACCCGACGCCACCGCCGGCAGCAGCGGGCCCGCCAACCGCGCUAAACACGUCCGGCUCGAUGCAGGACAGCACCGUCUCCACCUUCUCGGUGCAGAGCCGGCUCGAGCCGGACCUCAGCAUGAUCCCGGUCGAUCUGAGCAUGGUCGAAGCGGUCGCACCGGACCCGCAGCCGACCAGCGCCCACAAGCGCCCGCCCGUGUCCGUCGAUCAACCAGUGCCGGUGGAGCAGCACCCGUCACCCGCCUGCGGGCUAGCACAGCAAUCAAACUCGCCCGCCGUCCGAUCGCAUCCCCAUCAGCACGGCAAACCACCGCCGGUAACGGUUACGCUGCAAGCGUCCCAGGAAACCGAACUGCUCGCGACCAACCCGCCCCAGGUGGCGCCGGUCGAGGCGAGUGACGAAAACGUGCCGCCCGCCACCACCACCACCACCACCACCACCGCCGCCGGUGUGAUGCUGGCCGAUCCACCCCGCUCCAAUGCGACGCCGCUGGACAACCCGAUCGUGCCCGGGACGGCCAGCUCGCGGUCCACCUCCAGCCGGAAGCGGACGCACAUCCGCAUACUGGACUUCGGCACGCCGCCGUACAAGCGCGGCAGCCCGUCGACCGGCGGAUACAGCAGCUCGGCCGGUCGCCGCCCGUCACCCCCGCCGAAGGCCGUCACGCCCACCGUGCGUCCCAGGCCCGUGCUGAAGCUGCCGGUGACCGAGGAAGAGCAAGCGACGCCGCCUGCUCAGCCACCACCGCCUGCUCAGCCACCACCGCCAGCUCAGCCACCAUCACCUGUACCGCCGCCACCUGCCGAGCCAUCAUCACCGGCACCACCACCACCACCACCGCCGCCGUCCGCCCAAACCGAACAACCGCAGCCAAAGAAAGAGAUCGUCCAGCGGCGGCCGAACCGGCCCGAGGAGCGGCAGCGAAGCAAGCGGGCCGUCGCGAGCAAACCGGAGACGGAAGCGAUACCGCCGAGUAAAAUACCUACGCCUCCGGCCAAAGUACCCGCCGAGACGAAACCAGCCCCGAGCACCUCCUCCUGCCAGGCGACCACCAGCAGUGCGAUGGUUCCACCGAAACCCCCCAAAGAGGCAUCGGUACCGUCCAGCAGUACAAAAACGCCGAGACGCGCUACCACCACCACCACCACCACCAUCAGUCAGCCACCAAACCAGCAUCACACCAAAGCAAAGGAGGUGCCUGUGAGUGUGCGGCCACCGUCCCGCUCACCGCCCCGCUCGCUGCUGCCGCCCGGGUCGCCCGGCUGCCCGGUCGAUCCGCUGGCCGUCUACCCGAUGACGCCCCGGUUUCUGACCCGGCCGCUCCAGCCGCUCUGCAUGCUGUCGCCGCUGCUCGGCCCCCUCGACAUGAGCGGCGUCAGCCAGCUCAAGUCGGGCAGCCACUCGAAACCGUCCGACAUCAACACGCCCGGCUACCCGAUCACGCCCGGGUGUGCGACCACGCCCUCGCCACCGCCGGACAGUGGCCCCGGUGUGUCGUACUACGAGGGCGGCAAACCCACGGCCCCGCCGGCACCCGGCGCCGAGCGGACCGAGGUGGGCGCACCGGGCGAUGACGGGGAAGCGUCCGACGGGGAGGAGGCGGGCCAGUGCUGCGAGCCACAGCUGACGCUGGCGGCCGGCAGCGAGGAAAUCAGGAUCGUCUACCAGCGGGAGGGCAGACGCCGGCUCGGCACGUUGCGCGAGCGGGACAGCGAGUACGAGGAGCGGCUGGCGUCGCGCAUCGAGAUCGACAACGGGCAGCGGGUGUUCCAGAUUGCCAUCUCGCCCAUCAUUAAUCUGUUCGAAAAUGGCACCAGGUAGUGGUAGGAGGGGUACGGGAGGAGAGGGAUCGUAUUCCCAUUUGUAAAGAUAUAUUUUUUUAAGUCGUAUUUAUAAGGGAGCUUCAUUGUGUGCUCCAAUAUAGGUAGCCUUUUUCGUGCAGGCAUCUCUUCGCGCGAAGAAGAUAGUGCGAGGGAACCGUAGCUUAAGCCUCCGUGCUCUCCAACCUUUUUCAGCAUCACGGACCACUACUGCAGCUUUGCCUUUCGAUAUUUUUUUUCCCGCGACCCACAUAUAUUGAGGACAUAUACAGUGGAGCACCUCAUAACGAGUUUUUUUUUCGCGUAACGCAUAAAUACUUAACAAAUACCUCCCAUUAACGAGUACAACCUCGCCUAACUAGCAAUAUCUUUCGUGUACAGGAUACGUAUUUUAGGAGCUGAUCUGAAAUCAUAAUCAAUUAUUUAAUUUUCACUAUCGUUCUUGCAAAUGAGUUUCGAUACUAACAAUCAUUUAGUACAGGGGUCUCCAAACUAGUGAUGUGUUUAGUUGGGAAAAAAUCCGGAAUCGAUCCCAAUCCGACUCCGGGACGGUAGGUCCGCCCAGCUUUAUCCGGAGUUGUUUGGAAUCGUCUGAUCCCGUCCUGAAUCACCCGUAGUCAUCCGGAGUCAUCCCGAGUCGUCUGGAGUCCUCUGGAGUCCUAUGGAGUCAUCCGGAAUCUUCCAGAGUAAUCCAGAAUCUUACGGAGUCGACUCCGAACUCCGACGACUUCAAAUGACUCCAACUCCGGACGACUCCGGACGACUGUGGAUAAAUCCAGACUACUCCAGGCGACUCCGAAUGAUUCUGGAUGACUCCUCAUGACUCUGGAGGACUCCGAACGAUUACAGAUGACUACAGAUGAUGUCUAAGGACUACAGAUAACUUCAGAUAAUUCAGAACGACUACAAAUGACUCCGAAUGACUCCGACUCCGAACGACUCCAACUCCGGACGACUCCAGACGACUCUGGCCGACUCUGGACGACUUUGGAUGACUACGGAUGAUUCCGAACGACUUUAGAUGACUCCAGAUGAUUCCGAACGACUACAGAUGACUUCAGAUAAUUCAGAACGAUUACAGAUGACUCCGAAUGACUCCGACUCCGAACGACUCCAACUUCGGAUGACUCCGAACGACUCUGAACCACUCUGGAUGACUCAUCCGGAAUCUUUCAGAGUCAUCCGGAAUCUUCCGGAGUCCGACUCCAGGCAGCUGCAGAUGACUCCGAAUGACUCCGAAUUAUUCCAACUCCGGACAACUCUAGACGACUCCGGACGACUUUGGAUGACUACGGAUGAUUCCGAACGACUUCAGAUGACUCCAGAUAAUUCCGAACGACUACAGAUGACGCCGAAUGACUCCGACUCAGAACGACUUCAACUUCGGAUGACUCCGAACGACUCUGAACCACUCUGGAUGACUCAUCCGGAAUCUUUCAGAGUCAUCCGGAAUCUUCCGGAGUCCGACUCCAGGCAGCUGCAGAUGACUCCGAAUGACUCCGAAUUAUUCCAACUCCGGACAACUCUAGACGACUCCGGACGACUUUGGAUGACUACGGAUGAUCCCGAACGACUUCAGAUGACUCCAGAUGACUCCAGAUAAUUCCGAACGACUACAGAUGACGCCGAAUGACUCCGACUCAGAACGACUUCAACUUCGGAUGACUCCGAACGACUCCGGACCACUCUGGACGACUCAUCCGGAAUCUUUCAGAGUCAUCCGGAAUCUUCCGGAGUCCGACUCCAGGCAGCUGCAGAUGACCCCGAACGACCCCCACUCCGGACCACUCCGAAUGACUCCAACUCCAGACGACUCCGGAUGACUCUGGACGACUACGGAUGACUCCAUAUUACUCCAGAUGACUCUGGAUGCAUGUGGACGACUCUGACUCCAGACGGAACUAGUGGUUCUCAUUUUGCCAGAAUCGGAAUCUGACUAACAAUUGUCGGAGUCGGAUUGGAGUCGUAAGUGCGCUCCAGAGAGCACAUCACUUCUCCAAACUACAGCCCGCUGGAGUCUAUAAUGACUUUGCUAAGGUUAAACCGAUUUUUCUAGUUUGUUGACUAUUUCAAUCGAUAUUUCAACUUCUACCUUUGAAAGGCGAAAAUCAAUCUGCAAUAACAGAGCAGCUGUAGCAAUUUGAAAUAUUCAGUAAGCUUGUUCUUAUCAAGCUCACCCAUCAGCUAAAGGUAACUGCCAAAAUGACCCUCUCAGAAUUGGAGAUUUGAUCUACGCAUUAACUAACAAAUGCUGGUCAACUACCAAAUUAACUACCAAACCCCUAGCGGAUGGAUCGAAAACAAUAUUUUAACAAUUUUGAAGUAAACUGUUACAAUAUUCUGAAAUGAAAAAAUAAGUAGCCGGUAUGUUUUAAGAUAAAUUACAACGUUUUCCAGGAGUUCUCAUGGUUGUGGGACAUUUCCUUGGCUCUUUCUUCUGGGAAGUGAACCUUAUGUGAUGGAAAUGGGAUUCUAUGGCACCCUUUUUGGGCAGGCUUGUUGGAAAUUCGUAUUGGAUUUGUCCAACAAGGGUGCUAUAGAGUCCAAUUCCCAUGACAUUAAGUUGAUUUCACGUAAGAAGGAGUCAAUAAAGUGUACCACAGCUAUGAGAACUCCUGGAAACCCCUGUAAAGCAAAUCUGUUCAACGCCAUUCCUUGAUACUUGAUAGACCAAAAUGACAUGAAGAGCGCAUAUGUGCAAAAAAUACAAAGUUAUUUAUUUUAAAUUUUCUGUUAGGAAAUUUUGUAUUUUGUAUGCAUGUAUUUUGUAUGUAUUUUGUUCAAAUGUUGUGAGAGUAUUUUAAAAUCAUCUCCGACUGGCUGGUCGGGCGAUUAGAUGCCUUCUGCGAUUACGGAUGCUGGUCUCGAACGAUUUUCCCUAUACCAAACUUCUAAAACUAAGCAGCAUACUGCAAAUAAGCAUCAUCCCGGCGAAGAUGUAGCUCUACAAAUCACGUUCAUUAAGGGAAUUUGUCAAUUUUGGAAAAUAUCAAAGAAGAUACUUAAACCCGAGACUUCUUUUUCAGGAAAAUUAAAGAAAAAUAAUAAUAUUGUUAAAGAAAUAACGAACUUCAAAUAUCAUCCCAUACAUCAGUAUUAUGAAGACCUUUCAUCUGCAUUCAUGAAUUUGAAAAACUGAAAAAGCACAUUUUCAGACCUAGAACCAAAUGUGUAUAGUAUGCAUAUUCAUACAAAUGUUAUGAAGAAGAGUCUCUGCAUAGCAUGGUGUGAGACACUGGAACGUAUUAAACUCGUUAUGCGGGCAUCCACUGAAUUCUGUAGACUUUGUUCAAAGCUUUUUGAUCAAAUAUGCUUAAUAUUCUUAUUCUAAACAUGCCUGUUGACGUUUUCUUCAUCAUUGUGUAACAAAAUGUACAGUAUAAUUAGAGUAAUAAGUUAUGGUAAAAAAACACACUUAUUUCGCUGUUUACGCCACUUAUCACAGGUUGGAGACCAUUAUAAGGCUUAAGCUACGAAUUACACACAUAUUUUGGAAAAUAGUUUUAGGCAGUUACGACGUUUACUUAUAAGUUGCUAUUUUUAUUUUAACCCAUGGAAAACAAAAGUCCAUUGCGAAGAGCAUGUCCGUUUUUGAGACAUCGCGUGAUAGCGAGCAAUUCCGAAUUCCGGGCAGAAGCACACAGACACAGACAAACACGUGUUUCUUCACACCAUGUGUGAUUGAGUUUAGGAUUUUUGAAGAAAUGUCUGUAAAACAAUAGCAAACAUAGCAUUUAACAUUGCUAUGUUUUACUUUUUGAACUUUAAAUCGAUUCAUUCAGGCCUAUUCUAUUCUUGCAAUCGAGAUGUCGCGACGUCGAGUUGAGUAAUGGUGCUAAUGGAAUCGGGUCCACUUUGUGCGAUGUACCAAAAUAAACAUAAAGGGAUGAUUUAGUAAUAUUAGAUUUAAAAAAGACAUUUUUUUUAUUAUCUAUUAAGAAGUUCUUCACUUUUUGGCUUACAUUCAAGUUCUGUUUGCAUAUUUUAAAUGCAUCUCCGAGAGUUGGUCUGACGAUUUAACGCCUACUGCGAUUUCGGAUGACCGUCUCGAUGGAUUUUCCCUCGCAGACUUCUGUUACAAUAAGCAUACUUGAAAUAAAAAGCAAUCAAGAUCAAUUUUCUCGUCUCGAUUCGAGAAAAAGAAUAGAACAGUUAUCUGAAUGAAUCGAUUUAAAAGGGACAUUGAAAGUUUUUUUUAAAUUUAACUAAAUUGAGUGUUUGUUUGCGAAAGGAAUAGUAAAUUCAGCAACGUUAAUAUAUAAGAUCGCUAAUGAGAGAUAGCAAUGUUCCCACCGGCGCUCUUGCGGUUCUUCUAACGUGUCACAAACAACCCAUCUGGCAAAGCUCAGCCACAACUAAUUUUAUCAUGCUAAGUUUUAAAACCGGGCUCUGUUAAUAUGUGUCGGAAUUAGCUUGUAACUAUUAGGAAAUGUAUGAUAUAGGGUUCUCUUUUUUUCUAUAAAACAUCGUGAAUGCGCAAUUUUAAUAAAAAACCAUUAAAUUGAACCUUUAAAUUAUAUCGACGCUGUUAAAAGUAAUAAAGCGGGGGUUUUCUAACACCAGCUUCGAGCCACACUGUACGAACUGAAGUGAAGUUGCAUAUUUAUUUAAAAAUAUCUUUGGAUUAAGAAGUUGCGGCGACUUCAAAUUUCGAUCAUGCCUCAGAAAAGGGGUUCGCUAAUCGGGGACAAAAAAUAAUAAAUGUCCAAGUUUUGUAAACAUUUGCUUUAAAAUCAUUUAUGUUUAUAUCCAUGUCACAUGUACAACCGCACACCCCGGGCAGGUGAUGUUCGUGGUGGAAACGGUACGUCUUUUGAAACUGCUUGUUAGAUUUGCAUGCAAAUUGCCAUAUACACCCGCCUUCCAUAUCUAUAUGGAUAGUCGAUUUUUUUUCCCCGAUUUGCGGAAAAUUUGUAAUUUGCGGAUAAAACAGAGAAUGUAUGAAUCGUGCGAAAAGCUAUUUUCCGUCUUAAUAAAUAUUUUUUUUCGAAUUUUUAGGACGAUUAUUACAGGACUUAUCCGUGAGGGUUAAACGAAGAAUAAUUAGAGCAGCUUCGAACUCAACAAGAAUCAACAGUCUGAGAAUCAAAACGAGAACUAGGAUUUAAUAUAAGCAAAACAACAGUGUGGCGGACACUCGAUCAAUCCCCUAAAAUUGCAAAAGAAAGAAAACAAUUGUUUUUCGUUCGUUCCCAUAAUUUAUUGGUAU